CUACACUUAAAUGACGCAACGAGAGAGCGAGGACCUUCGCCAUUGUUUAAAAAAUGUCUUCUUUAGCUAGAGAGAAAUCCGUGGUAUCGGAGAAGCCUCCGAGCCGGGCACUAAGCAGUGCUAACAGCACGCUACAACGGUCCCGACAGCGGGCCGACAUCGACCCGGAAACGGAAGAAGAGUUACUGUUCCUGUCCCGACCUGUCACUCACGAGGACUCCCUCAGGGCCGACCCCCUUAAAGAGGACCCUGAAAAUUUUAGGCUGGAAUUAACCCCCGUUCGAGCCCUGGAGCCUCACGAGGUCCGACAGGAGAUCUACAGACGAGAGUGUCGGAAACUGAAUGUGAUUCCGCUCAGUAGCUACCUCAGGAACCCCAUCAGGAACGUACUGGUGGUACCUCACAGCGGACUGGGACCGAGAGGCGCCAUGGCGCUGGCGGCGCCGCUAAUGCUGGAUCACAAUAUAGUUUAUCUGGACAUAGCAGGAAACAGUAUAGGACCGCUGGGUCUAGAACAUAUGGUGGAAGCAUUUCUAGAGACGUUGUCCAUUACACAUUUGAAUUUGUCAGAUAAUGAGCUAGGCAGUGCUGGAGCUAAAACUAUUUGCAACACCAUUAGUAAACAGUCUAUUUUUGAAUACUUGGAUUUGUCCAAUAAUGGGUUUAAAGAUGAAGAUUCGAUUUUAUUUGCCGAUGCCAUUGAGACGUCCAAGAGUUUGCGAGAAGUUAUUCUUUCUCACAACCACUUUGCAGAGAAAGCUGGGGUUGAAUUCGGAAGAGCGUUAGCAAACAACGACAGACUUGAAGCAUUUGACAUCCGUUGGAAUCACAUCAAUGGAAGAUCUGCUGAUGCUUUUGCGAAAGGUGUUAAGAAGAAUGUUGGACUGAAGCGGCUUGACAUAAGUUUUAACGGGUUCGGACCAAAUGGUUGUAAAGCUUUGGCGGCCGCGCUGUUGAAGAACCGGACGUUGCAGGAACUGGACAUGUCUCACAACAGGAUGGUGGACGAGGACAUAGCGGUCCUAGCCGAGAGUCUGAUGGCCAACGAUACGUUAAAGACUCUUGUGGUUGGAGAUAAUCUUUUGACGCACGCGUCUUCACUUCAUAUUCUGAAAAGCAUAGAAGAUCCCAAAUCAGUCACUGUUCUUGAAAAAGUGGACCUCAAGAACGUGUGUGUGGAUCAGGAAUUUGUACAUCUGCUCAACGAAGUAAAGGAAAUAAAAUCCAUAGAAAUAAAACAUGGCAGGAUCAUGCAGGUUGGGAAACCAAGGAGACGGAGAAGGCGAAGAAAACCGAAGCCCAAACCCGAGGUUCAAACAGAGAAAACCGACCUUUCUACUAAAGAGUCAUUAGAACAUAACAAAGCUCAAGAGAAUGUGCCAAAUGAGCAGGUGAAUAAACUGAUUUCAGACAUUAAAAUGAGCGAAAAAGACAGUGUUCUUCAUGUAAAGGAGGAAAGAAAAGUGGAUCAAAUACCUCCCCUUGCACCACCCCCGAGCGGGAUAGUCAGGGAGUCCAUGAUUCUGGGACCGGAGAUAGUCAAUGAGAAAAUCGGUGAAAAUUCUAAAUAAACAUUUUUGUCAAUCCUUUCUUGUUUGUUGAUUUUGUCAGAAACUUUGUGGACUUAGGAAAUGAUGCAAAGAUAGAUAAAUAUACUCUGUGAAGAAAACGCUGACUUCUUUAAAGCUUCAAGUCUAUUACAUUGGUUCUUCAACAGAUGGU